AUGCUGCGACUCUUCUCCAAGCGGGCGACCGACGCGCCGCCGGCGUCGCUCGAGGACGCGACCGACUUUCCCGCGCUCGCCGCGCAGCUCUCGGUGGUCGAAGAUCGCCUGCGGACGACGAGCUCGCUCCUCGUGCGCCACAGCCAAGCGCUCGCGGAGCUCAUGCAGACAUCGACCGAGCUGCGCGCGCUGCUCAUACCACCGGCCAACGACGACGACGACACGUUGGCAGACAGCGUCGCGCAGUUCCGCACCACGGCCAUUGCGCCGCUGCAAUCGCUCCUGGGCUCGUUUCCGCACCUCCGCCAUCGCAUGGACCACCGCAAGAGUGCACUCGCCACCACCCAGCGGUACGAAGCCAAGGUGCGCGACAUGCACGGCGAGUCGGCGCGGCUCCAGCGGAACCGGGCCAAGCUACACGCUGCUCAAGAGCGCUUUCAGCAGCUCGAUGCUGACGUGCGCGACCAAGUCAAGUCGCUUCUAGCUCUGGACGUUCGCGCUGUCGUCGAGCCGCCGCUGCUUCAACUGGCCGAGUCCCAGCAGCAGUGGGCAACAGCACUGCAGCACGGCUCGCAGCAGUUGCGCAGUCGCAUUCAACUAGCGUCGCCACGGAUCCUGCCCAAGGCCCGGUCGCUGGACCCACAAGACGACACGGACACGGAAGAAAGUUGCGACAAAGUCGGCUCGUUCCAGCGCCAUGGCUCGGACGAUCUAGACAUCCUCGACAAGAGUCGCGCGAUGCGACCCAAGCACCAACAUGCAUACGGUACCAAGACGUGGGAGAUGCACAAGCACAUCAAAGCGUCAUUGGCGAGUGGCCUCGAUGUACUGGAAGCGGUGCAGCUGCCGCCCGGGUUCGCCAAGCUCGAGUGGAUCGCCGUCCACGUCGUGGAUUUCUUCAACGAAGUGUCGCUGCUCUACGGCACGAUUUCGGAGCUGUGCACGCCGAGUUCGUGCGCGGCCAUGACGGCCGGGCCGUGCUACACGUACCUCUGGGCCGACGACGGCGGCGUCCCGACGGCGUGCAGUGCCAGCGCCUAUGUCGACAAGCUCCUUCGCUGGGUCGAAGUCCAGAUCGAGAACCCGACUCUCUUUCCUUCCGGAACGCUGGCGCCGCCAAGCAGCAUGGAAACGAGCGCGCGCAACAUUCUCAAGCGGCUCUUUCGAGUCUACGCGCACAUUUACCACUCGCACCUGGCCGACUUUGUCGCGCUCCACGCCGAGUCGCACCUCAACUUUAGCUUCAAGCGCUUCGUUUUCUUUGUGCUCGAAUUCGACCUCGUCGAGAAGAAGGAACUCAACGCGCUGCGAAAGCUCAUUGCAACAAUCGCGCCCGGCCGCCUCGACUAG